UAUGCAGAACAGCGAGGCCGAGCAUCAUCCUCUACAACAACAACAAAAUCAGCGUCAACUUCAACAUCAGGACACUUCAGCAUGCAGGAGACCAGCACUGGUCAGGUCAAAGACAUUUGACACAACACUGCUGACUCCCAUACAAUGCGAGCUGGACUCAAAGCUGGAAAGGAAGAAGUCUCGCUCCACUCAGCUGUCCAAGGGCAACUGUCAAUAUCAUAAAAUCUUCAAGGAGAUUAGCAAGGACGAGCAACUCAGACAAAGUUACACCUGUGCUCUGCAGAAGGACAUUUUGUACCAGGGCCGCAUGUUUGUCUCCGACCACUGGAUCUGUUUCCACUCCAAAGUCUUUGGGAAAGACACCAAGAUCGCCAUCCCAGUAAUCUCCGUCACCCACGUCAAGAAAACCAAGACGGCACUCUUGGUGCCCAAUGCUGUGGUGAUCGCCACAGCAAAUGACAGAUAUGUCUUUGUGUCCUUCCUGGCCCGGGACAAUACCUACAAGUUCCUCAUGUCCAUCUGUUUUCACUUGGAGGAGAAGAGUCCAUGCAACAGCCCCUUUCCGUCUUCACCCCAAAUCAACUUCCGACCUCGGACAUCACCUCACUCACCGCGUUUUCCUUUGAGUUUCCACGCUGACUUUGCCGACCUGGAUGAAACAUUACGGAAGAGUAGGCAAGACACAGAGGAAAGCAGCACUUCGGAUUCCCAGACGCCGGACGAUGACAAGUUGGCAGACUUCCCAGUUCCCCCCUUUCUGGACACGUUGAAGUGCAGCGAUGUCCCUCCACCUCCUGACCCUCAACACCAAGUGAAGAAUACUCCUCAUCCCAAAAAUUCCAAGCUUCCCAAGCAGGAAAUCAAGCAGCACAGUUUCGAAGUGACACGACGGGACUCCAGAAGUGGACAACCUCUCUCACUCAACACUCUGCUGUGCGUUUACCUCUUUCUAGUGUGCGUCUUAGUGUUGUCAUCAUGCUUCCUGACCGUGAAGAUGCUUUCCUUGGAGCAUCGACUGGCGACGCUCGGCUCCAUCGCAGAUUUGGACACCAACUUCCUGCAAGAUAGCAAUGAUGUCAACAGAGAACUUUUCUCCGAACUUCUGAGCCUCAACCUCAAGAAGUUGGAGAAGGUGCAGAAGAAUCUUCAAAGACUUUUGGAUGAAGCUGUAUGAAGAAUUUAUAAUCCUGUAAAUAUGUUUGUGCUGAUGAGUCCAUUCAAAUGACAACCUUAGAAUUUGUUGUUCUGUUGUCAGUCAUUUAUGGAAAAAAAAAAAAAAAACACAGAUGUUAAUUUAACCUAUGAAUACCAAAUUCAGAGAAAUUGGAUAUUUAGCAGCAAUCUCUUGAACUCUUUAUAUGUAUAGAAAUGUAAUUUAUAUUUUAAAAUCAG